AUGGUAAAAUCAACAGAUCUUGAUACUGAAACUGACAUAGACACUACAAUAUUCAUGACAUUAACAAGUACAACGACAGUGGCUACAGAUACUGCCCAAAUAUCUUGGUCAAAAACAACUUUAACUACUCAACAAGUAAUUUCACGUGCUAUCACAAUUUCAAAAUCAUUAUCUACAUCAACUGAACCAUUGACGGAAUCCACAUCAGCAACAGACGAUUUGGAAACUUCAUCAAUUCCAAUCAAAAAGUCCACUUCAACUACAGCUUCUAUUGCCACUACAGUACAUCCAUCUGAUUAUUCAACAAGAUUACAAUUUGGGGAUAUUCCAUCAUCAAAUUCUUCUCAAGUAGGAGUUGCUAUAGGUGUACCAAUUGCUGUAUUUAUAAUUUUUUUCAUUUCAUUAGGUAUAUGGUAUUUUUUAAGAUUGAAAAGGGCCAAAAAUGCAAAUAAAACAAUGGUGGCUAAUAAUAAAGCUUUUACAUUUGAUCCAUUUGAUGAUUAUAACAAUAACUAUGUAAUUCCAAAACAACGUCAUGCAUUUAUGAAUCAAAGUUCUGAUACAUUAAAUGAAAAACCAUAUCCUAAUUUAUUUUCUCCAACAAAUUAUUUAAAUACUGCAAAAGAAUUGGAAAUGUAUCAACAACAACAGCAACAACAACAAGUGAAAAAUCAAGGGUAUGGACCAAAAUUUAGGAAUCAACUUAAUAGAUUAAGUAGGAUGUGGCCAAAAAGAGAUAAAUCGCAGGAAUUUUCAUCAAAGCCGUAUGAAAAUCAAGAUUAUCAAUCAAAACUUUCACACCAAGAACCACAAACUAGAACUCAUCAGGUUAUAGAAGAACCUCAACAACCAAAUUGUGUUAAACAAAUGUCAAUGAUUACUCCAAUUUUUCUUAAAAAAUUUAAUUUGAAAAAUUUACAAUUAAAUGAACAAAAUCCAAAAAUCAAACCUCAAACAAUUAAUAUUCCUCAUAGUCAAGAAUCUCAAAAAUUAAAUAUACAAUCACAUUUUACAUCUUCAAAUUAUUCAAUUUUAUCUAAUCAAAGUAAAUAUAUAGUUAUAAAAAAUUAUAAUAAAAAUUUAAAUGAUGAAAUUUCUAUAGAAAUUGGUCAAAAAUGUCAUAUUUUGGAAAAAUAUAGUGAUGGUUGGUGUAAAAUUAAUUUAAUUAGUAAGUCAAGUAAUGGUAAUUAUCAUGAAAUUACUGGAUUGGUUCCUAGAAUGUGUUUACAAAAAGUUUAA